AGUUGCUUGAAGGUGAAGAUGGAUUACAUCCCACCACGGGUCAAGUUGAGUGAAGACACCUUUGUCUUUCUCGAUGGCAAGUGGGUAAAUGAAACCUACAUUCAAUCAGCGUUCUCUUCCUCUCCGGAAAAUCUCCAGAAGCACACUAGCAAGAAGAUCUGUAAUGACUGGACUCUCUGGGAAGAGAACAAGGCCCUUUGGGAAGAAAACAAGGCCCUGCGGAUGGAGAACCGGGCUCUCCGGGAAGAAAACAAGGCUCUGCAAUGCUUGCGGAUGGAGAACAAGGGGAUUCAGGUGAUCUACGACGAGAGUCUCCAGCAAGUGCUGCAGCAAGAUAAGGCUCUGGAAGGCCUUCCAAACUUAGGGCUCCCGAACAGCAUAGAAAACAAAGCCCUUCAAGUUCUCCGAGAAGAAAACAAAGCCCUCCAGGUCUUUCGGGAAAACAAUGUUGCUUUGAAGAUCUUCCCAGACAAGGUCUUCCCUGAGAAGAAAUCUAUUCCAGUUCCAGUUCUCCAGAAGGAAAAACUCACCGUCCAGUUAUUAGGGAAGGAAGACCCGGCAGUCCCCGAAACUAGCAAGGUUGUGACUGUCCAAGAAAACAGUGCCAAAGUUACCCUGCCCCAGGCAAUCAAACCUGUCUCAGAAAUUCCGGAGGACAGCAGGACUUUGCCAGUCCUGGAAAGAAGCAAAACUCCUGUGUCCCUGCUCGAGGAGAAUGAGGCCUUCCUGGCUGUCCAGAAGCUGAACCAAAUUGUGCUCUCCCUUCUCAGAGAGAACCAGGCACUUCUGGAAGAGAAGCGGUCCUUCCACACUCUCCAAGGAGGGAACAAAAUACUCUGGGAGGAGAACAACAAGCUGAAGCUGCAGCACAGUGCCCUCAAGGGAGCCAUCAACAAGAUUGUGGCUCAGAUCGACGCCUUGCAGCAGGAGCUGAACACUCUUGUCUUCCUGCCGGAGGCAGAGACUGAAACAAAGAGGGUGGAGAGUUGCUGAAAAGGGAAGGGCCUCAGGAAGAGAGAGGAGC